AUCCGCCAUUUUGAUUUCCAAAUCUGACAGAUUUUUUGUUGACUGCCUGCUGAAGUGUAAUUUGGACAGUGUCAACACACCAUACUGUAGUUCAACACAGCCGCUCGGCAGGCAUCCACCGUGCGACGGCAGUGUGUAAAUGAGAUUGCAACCGGGGAAGGGUAGCAUCUUCCAGCUAACAACGCACUUCAUAGCCAGCUAUGGGCCUCCGGAUGACCUGACAGCCAAAGUCGCCGAGUUGCCGUUCAGCUUGUAGAUGACGACCGAUAGGAAUGAUGGAUAAAAGAUUGAAGCCAAUCUCUCCUGGGUUUGUGUGUCUGUUGUUAGUAUGAAUGAAGUGGGUGUGUUUGUGUUUUCAUUGUGUGAAUUUGCCGAUGCUGAUUGAUGUCCAGGGCAUGCAAUGUCAGUAAGACAAAUGGCUGUUUAGCAAAGUCUGACUGAGGAUCCUACUCCUUGUCCAAAUCUAAGUGUAAGUGUUGGUGACGUCAGCCAUGUUUUGGAAGUUUGACUUACAUACAUCUUCUCACCUGGAGGCUUUACUGGACAAGGAGGAUGUCACGCUCAUUGAGCUCAUGAAUGAGGAAGAUGUGUUGCAGGAGUGCAAGGCCCAGAACAGGAGACUUCUCCUGUUCCUGUGCCAGAACCAGUGCAUGCUGGACCUGGUCCGUAUGAUUACUACAGAGCCCCCUGCUGGUGUAGAGGAGACAAAGCGCUUCAAGUAUCCCAAUAUAGCAUGUGAGCUGUUGACAUGUGACGUGGGAGUGAUCAAUGAUAAGCUGGGUAAUGAGGAGCCUCUGCUGGAAACUCUGUAUGCCUUCCUGGAGCAGCCAUCCCCACUUAACCCCCUCCUGGCAUCUUUCUUUAGCAAGACAAUUGGGAACCUCAUCACACGGAAGACUGAGCAGGUGAUUAGUUUUCUGCGACAGAAGGAUGGCUUCCUUUCCUUGGUCCUGAAGCAUAUUGAUACAUCAGCCAUGAUGGAUGUGCUCCUAAGACUUAUCAGCUGUGUGGAGCCACCCCCUCUUCGGCUUGAGACACUUAUUUGGCUGAAUGAAGAGAAGCUGGCCCAGAGACUCGUAGAGCUCAUUCACCCUGAAAGAGAUGAAGAGAGGCAGUCCAAUGCAUCUCAGACAUUGUGUGACAUCAUUCGUCUAAGCCGAGACCAGGCCAAUCAGCUCCAAGAGAUUUCACAGCCUGACCCUUUGCUGAAUGUGCUGGAGUCGCAAGAGUGUGUGGAGCAGUUGCUGCAGAAUAUGUUCUCAGCAGAUAGUACUGAGAGCUGUAUCAUCAAUGGAAUUCAAGUUCUUCUCACAUUACUGGAAAUCAGGAGGCCUGUGGUGGAUGGUGUUAUGGAUGCUCAGGGAUUUGAGAAAAGUUACACUGUUAACAGCAGCAUUUUGUUGGCCAUCCAACCACACCUGAUACACUUCCACCAGCUGCUUCUGAAGCCACCCAAGCGAAAUCCCAUGCUGACUACUCUCGGUGUGCUGGAGGAACCAUUAGGGAACACGCGUCUUCACGUAGCCAGACUGGUGGCCUCUCUGCUGUAUACCAGCUCUGCUAGCCACGCGGUCGUAGCACAGGAACUCUGCCGACUCAAUACAAUGGACCUGCUACUGGACUUGUUCUUCAAGUAUAUAUGGAACAACUUUCUGCACCUCCAAGUGGAGCUCUGUGUUGCUGCCAUCCUCCGGCCCUGUGCACAUGAAAUGAGACUUCAGCCUGGCUUGGGAUCGCAGGAAAAUGUCAAGCCUCAUCAAGAUGCUUCACAAGAGCAGGCUUUGACUGAUACCCUUUCUGAACCUUCAGCCAGCCCUGAAAACUCUGCACACAAUCUAAUGGUGACUCAUUUGUUCCAGCACUGCCACCUUGUCCAGAGGAUUCUGGAGGCUUGGGAAGAGAAUGAUAAAAUACAGUCAGAAGGUGGUAUGAGAAGAGGGUACAUGGGACAUCUGACCAGGAUUGCCAACACAGUAGUCCACAACCUGGAGAAGGGCCCGGUUCACACACAGAUUAGUAGCCUCAUCACAGAGCUACCAGAGGACUACAGAGGGCGCUGGGAAACCUUUGUAGACCAGACCCUGUCAGAGACUAAUAGGAAGAACACCAUAGACCUGAUUGGCACUGGAAAUCCACGCCCUUCCUCAGAGGAUGAUAUGGAGAGCCCCUUCCCUAAAGAGCUGACACUACAGCAGGCCUUUUCAGACUACCAGAUCCAGCAGAUGACAGCUAACUUUGUGGAUCAGUUUGGCUUUAACGAUGAGGAGUUUACUGAUCAUGAUGACAGCAUUGGGGCAACGUUUGACCGAAUUGCAGAGAUCAAUAUCAAUAUCGAUGCAGGCCAGGACACUGCUAAUACAGCUGUGUUUGAGGCCUGUUCCAAGGAGAGGAUUCAUCCCUUUGAUGAUGAUGAAGAGGACAUUUGGGAGGAGAAAGAGAUCAACUUUGCAACACAAACCAAGUCCCGUAACAGGUUUGGUGGGUCACGAUCAUCCCAGAGCCCAGCAGCCAGUAAAGAUUGUGAUAUGACAGCAGCUUCUGGCACUGAGGCGUCUGACAGAGCAGCAGACUCAGACUCUGAGGAAGGAGAGGAUCCUAAAGAUGACCUGGAUCCUUUCUCAAACCAGGGCCAGACUGAGGCAACAAAGAGCACUGGCUGGAUAGCAGACUUCGGGGAGGUGAACUCAAAGGCUCCUGCACCAGGAGUGGGCUUUUCUGCCUGGGACACUCCAGCCUCCCAACCAGCUGCCACAGAGGCAGAGGAGAAAGGAUGGGCCAAGUUCACUGACUUCCAGCCUUUCUGUUGCUCUGAAACAGGCCCCAGAUGCAGCUCUCCUGUGGACUCGGAGCUCAGCGGAUCUGGCAAUACCAAAUCAAACCAGAACCCAUGUGUGUGGAGUGUGUGUGUGGCGAGAAAAGCUCCACUGGUGGCAUCAGACAGCUCUUCCUCCAGCAGCUCAGAGAGCGAUGAGGAAGAAGGAAAGAAAAAGUCUGCAACAGGCGAGACGGUCACCAAAGAGACCAUCACCACGGGGGCUGGCAAGGAGACAAUUCGGCUCACAGUGGACGCAAAAAAUGAAAGGGCAGUCUUCAGCAGAGUGUUCAGACCAGCAGUCAGACGCGAAGCAGAUAAGUUACCGGUAGAGGGACUCUCCAUCAAGGACAAGAAGAAAGGCAAUGAGAAAGAAAGCGAAAAGAAAAAGAAACAUGAAGACUGUCCCAACCCAACUACCACCAGUCCAACUAAGCAGUCGGCUGCUGUCACACAAGAGACGCAGCCCUCUGUUAAUGGACCGGCUUAACGAUGCAGCACAGGCACACACACACACACAGACACACACACACACGCGCUACAUACCUGUCCAUUCAACACACAGCAAUGCCACCUUUGCUUCCUGUUAGCAGCCCUCCAAUGCCCUUUUUUGUGUCCAAAGAAUUGAAGAUGCUCAGUGUUGAGGUCAAACAGCCCUUAACAGUAUGAAUGCUGGAUAACACAUAACUACACAUAGGUACAUUGAUCUCUCCUGCACCUUCAUGACAUAAUUACAAGUGAACCGCUUCAAAGAGGAAUGUGUGUUUUAAAGAACAUGUCAUCGUACCAGACCCCAAAGCCAAAUUCUGUAUGAUUUUCCCAUUGGACUUAGGAGAGUGACGACACUCUUACCUAUUGUGAUGAGCAGAGGUUACACUAAAAGUUUGAGUGCCAGCUGUUGCACUUCAAGAAGACAAAUACCUAGGUCUGAAAUUUGACCUUCAGCAUCAAAUUUCAGAUUGUUUAAGCAUGUCUGGGCACUAAAUCACUGUCCAGAGAUUUUUUUUCUUUCUAUUAGAGCUUUUGACUGUUUACACUUUAGUAAAUAAGACUGUAUUCAAAUAAUCAGCCAAGAUUACAAAAGCCAAGAUGCUUGCAAAGCUAGCCACCAUUUUCUCUUCAGCAUUUCAAUGUACAUGCCAGGCAGACAUUUCAUUAGUGCAAAUGUGUGAGUGAUUAAAAAUGUGGCUUUUUUUUCUUUUCUUCAUACAUGCUACUGGAAUAAUUUUUCAGUCCAAGUAAGAUUUCUUUGCUUUGAUCAUGUGGAACAUAAAUGCUCUCUUUUUGUUAAUUUGGAGCAUCAGAUUAUAGAGCAUUAUGUGUCACUUCCUCCUCAAACCUCUGAUUCCGGUAGUUUAGAGGUGUGUGUGCUGUUGUAUCCAUGUGUGUAGACGUGUGUGUGUGUGUGUGUGUGUGUGUGUGUGUGUGUGUGUGUGUGUGUGUUUAAGCUCUGUCUGAGGUACAGCGUGCAUCUUCAGGUCAAAGGAGAGGUAUGCAGAUACAAAGAAAGCACACCUGUGUCACACACACACACACACACACACACACUUACACGCACACAGUGCUAUACACACAUGUAUACACACAUGCAAAAAAAACACUGAUGUGCACAUACUAAUUCAUAUCACCCUCAGAGCUGUUUAAUGUAAUAUUUGUGAAAUUUAAACCUGUAUUAGGUUGUGGCUAUUCUUGGUAAUAUGUAAACGUAAUAUAAAUGUAAACAGUAUAUAUAAACAUUAUAUCUAUUUUUGGAAUAAAUCCAAUGUAUGGAAAGGCGGUUGUUUUGCAGGUUGCAACGUGUGUAUUGUAUGUGUGUGUUGUACUGUUGAAAUGAGGCAAUAAUGAUGUCUGUGUUUCGGUUAAUACCCCAGCAUCAGUUCCUGUUCCUUUGCUACAUGCUUCCUACAUAGAGGUUUGGGAGUGUGCGUGAAUGUGAGUCGGUAGUCUGCGGUGUGUCCUCUGUAUUACUUACUUAAAGGAUCAUACCGGUUUAUUAGAAUUUGGGUCUUUUUUUUUCAUUCAUCAGUUUUAAACAAAAUACUAGUCUAACCAAUCUUAUUAGGAAGAAAAAAACGAAGGUGAACAUUAAAAUAAUACCAGAACUACUGCUUCAACUCAUAUGCUUUAUCAUAUUACGUAUGUGCACAUACCUUUCCCAUGUAAUGAGGGAUUAUUAUCAACUAGAGUUGAUUAAUCCAAUAGUUGAUUGACACAAAAAUAUUAGGUAACUAUUGUAACUACUGUUUCAUUUUCUCAAUUUGCAGCUUUUUUUGUCUAAUGUAUAAUUAACAAUGUCUUUGGACUGUUAAUCAAACAUAAAGAAUUUGAUGGCAUCACUUUUGGCUGGAUAUUUUUUACUAUUUCCUGACCUUUUUUUAGACCAAACGAUGAAUUGUUUUAAUCAGUACAAUACUCGUCCGAUUAAUCAAUAAUGAAAAUAAUCGUACAUGGGAGCCAUACUAUCAACAUUUGGAUGAGCACACAUUCAUGUUUGCCUCACAUUAAAUUGGUUUAGAUAAUCUGACUGGCUUGUUUAAAACCAGUUUGAUUGCCUCUCUUCGGUCUUUAUGUUAUUAACAUUCAACUGUUGAGUAUAAUCAUCUUACAUAAGGGAUAGAAAUCAUGGCAAAAACAAGACCCAAGUUGUAAUAAACCAGAAUUAUCCUUUAAGUUAGCAUGUGCCAGACAGUCAUGCUUUACUUUAUCCUUCUCCUCAGCUCUCUCUUUCUCAGGGCAGGAGUUGACUUUAAUUGCAUAUAUGCCUAUGGAACAAUAAACAUAGAUUGUUGUAUUUGUUUUAAAAGCACUUUUUCAAGAAGCACUUUUGGUUUGUAUUUGGUGGUGCCAAGUGCCACCACAUUAUUCCCCACUCAAAGAGGUGGGAAUGUUUGACUUGAACGCGUGAAUUAUGUAGAUACUUUAGAAUACUUUUUCUUCAAUGCUUUCUGCCAAAGUGUGUCUUCCCACCAGUGUUGCAACUGGGUUUCAUAUCUGUGAAGUAGCCUCCUUUCUUGCUAUGGUGUCACAUGUCUAGAUUUGGGUAUCUAAAGCAGUCUUUGUUUGAUUCCUCUCAUGUUUGUUUUUUUUUGUUUUUUUUAGUCGUGAUGGAGUUAUCAGCAGUAGGAGAGGAUAACGCAUGUCAAAGAAAUACUUUGAAGAUUCAUCUAAGAUCACAGAUAUUUUCCUUUUAUCCGUUCAGCACUUUGAGCUGUUUGAAGUGGAGCUGCACAGAGAGUAAACAUUGGUUUAAGUCAGGGUUAGAGGAGAAAAACAGAGCUGUUUUUCUGUCAGGGUAUGUACAGGAUCAGAAUAUGUCAUCCUGUCUUUCACCAAACCAAGCACUGCGUCUGACCCUUUGUGUGUGUGUGUGUGUGUGUGUGUGUGUGUGUGUGUGUGUGUGUGUGUGUGUGUGUGUGUGUGUGUGUGUGUGUGUGUGUGUGUGUCCACCUUGAGAGUGUAGUGCGUGUGCAGUGUAGCUACGGGUAAGGUGUGAUGUUAUGCAUAAUGGCAUGAGGUACAAUACAGUCAUCUUUAAGUGCCAUUAAGUUUGCACAUUAGCCUCAUUCACCUCGUAGGGCAUGUGCUGUAUUAUACAGUGUAUGCCCAAAACUUUAAUUGAGAGACAAUGGGUGUUAAAUUGUUACUUCAUCCCAUUGUAUGUUACCUUACACUGAGGCCAUUUCAAAGUUUAAAUCUUUCUAGCAUCAUAGCUGAUUACAUUUGUGUGUGUGUGUACAGUAUGUGUGUCGGGAGGGAAGUGCAAGUGCAAAAGACAGUCAUGUUGUGAAAUGCCUUUUUGUAAAGUGGACUGAUGCUGGUGGGGGUUUUGUUUUUCUUUUCUUUUUUUUCAUUUAGAGUAAUGUAUCUGUUUCCUGUUGUCAAUUUAGCUUGUACAUUCAAAUACGAACCUAAUAAAUAUGUCACACCAAGAA